AUGAGCAGGGGAAAGAUGACAAGCUGGGAUGAGGCAGGUAGAGAAACGAUGAUGUUGGAGGGGUUGAGGCCGAUCCAAUGUGGGGAGAUGAGGAGGAGAGAUGAUGAAAGGGAGAGGGAGAGGAAGGAGGGAGCAAAAAGAAGAUUGCGACGAGAGGGGUUGAUCAGUUGGCCCAGUGGGGACAGGAGGGCUGUUGCUGCUGCUGCCACUGCUGCCACUGCUGCUGCAGUUCUUGCGGGUGGUGUUUCUGCUGACGGUGCAGUAACGGGUGCAGCAGCAAGCAGAAGCAUUGGCAGCAAGAAACAGCGAGACAGCGAAUGCAGCGACACACAGCAACCACAGGCAUACACUAGCCCAGUAUGA